AUGGAUCUUGGAUCACCAAUUUAUGAGCUCCCUGCCAUCAAGAGGGUAGUCUCUGGCCGUCAUUAUGCCUGUGCACCUCGCCCAACUUAUCCGCCAAAUUCCGUUCAGGAGCUGCUAUUUUGGGACCUGAGCAAUGACGACAGCUGGUUCGAACCAGAUUUAUCUCGAUAUCUUCCCUCGCUCAAGCCAAAAUUGGGAAAAUUUGGAGUUGGUAGGCCAAGCAUUAUUAGAAAGCCGCUCAAAUGGUGGAAGGCUCAGUGUGGAUUCCGCGGUCUCUCUACAAGUGGAUCGUUGGUACACUUGCAGAACCGUAUCAGAGCGCUCGGUGGGCAGGAGAUGUGUCCUCUCCUUGCAGCCGCUUGCGCGGAGAUGGAGGAAGACUACUUGACUCGGAAUAAGGAUGCAAUUGACAAGAAAUGGAAUCUGGCCGACGACAAUGAGAAAGCCAAACUAUGGCCACAGAGGUUCCUUUAUGAAUCCUUCCUCGUACCUCCUGCACAGGAGCAAGUUCUUGUUGUUGAAGUGGAUGAUUGGCCGUAUAGGUUUGAGAAGAUAUGUGGGCAGAUGAACAUACCAUGUGAGUCGCGGAUCGUGCCGUUUAGCGAUUCGAUGGGCCUUCGUAAGAUUGCAGUCGGACUUGACGCCGAAGCUGUUCGCUCCAGAUACGCUGAACUCGAUCGCGAGGCAAAACGUUUGAUUUUGCGUUGGAGACAAGAAAAAGAGGAACGACACAAGAAAGCCGACGAGCCCUUUUUCGAAAAACUCGAUCUGGCUAGAACGAAGACUGAAGAAAUACAGGGAGAAUGGGAUGUUGGCGGAAAGUGGAUCAUCAAUUGCCCAUACAUGGAAGAGUCAUGGGGAUCUGAAGGCCAGAAAUGCUCUAUAGAGUUCGAAUACACCAGGCCGGAUGCAUUCGGUUUGGGACAGCUGUACGGCAGCUUUGAUUUCAUCGCCCUGGCAGGCAUCAUGCGGAUCGUCGACCCCAAUUGCCAAUCGAGGGAAAAUCUCGAUGGCAGCUCAGAACGAGAGAUCCUUUCAACUGAGGCCAAAGAGAAAAGAGAGGAGGAGCAGGAGGGGAGCGCAGACAGUGAUGACAAAGAGAAGGCUGACGAGGCUCAAGUGCAGGCAGAAGGAGAAGCGAUAGACCCAGACCAAUUCAUAAUCCCAUGCACAUCGCUACCGUCCGCCAAGAGCCGCAAAUUUGGGUUUCGCUGGAGAGGAAAUGAAACAGGCGAAGGAGAAAUUCAAGGUGGCUCCGAAGAGGACCUGUGCUCGAUCACAUUUGAAAACCCCAAUGCAUUGUCCGGCAUCUUCAUCAGUGACUUGACUGGCGAGCAGAAGUUUCAAGGGUUUCGCGAAGGAUUCGACGUUGAAGCGACAGCUGUAAACCGGAAGCGCCCGUACGGUGCAGAUCCAAGCAGCCUUGAUUUCAGCGAUGACAUCCACAAACUUAUCUGGUUUGAAGGGUGGCCCGAAAAAUGA